GAUCUUCAGUUUUCUCCACGGUCAGGGAUGCUGACGGGUCAUGUCAAGAGAGGAGGCGAGUGGAACCUAAGUACUCCUGAACUUUUCUUCUCCUGGACGUUAUACUAAAAAUACGAAGAACUUUGCUGCACAAGAGUCGUCUUCAUCCCUUUAUAAGCAACUGAUUAAUUCGUAGUAUUAAAUCGCUUUCGGCGGAUAUCGGCGGUUCAUCAUAAAAUGUUUCCAGAGAGAGGAAGCUUGACUUUUCUCACUGGGGUUUUGAUCGUGACUCUGUCAUGUGAAGCGAGAGGUCCUCCAUGGGUGAGUCGUCAGGUAGAGGACAGACAGACAGCAAAACUGGGCCGCACGGUUCGACUUCCAUGCCCGGUUGAGGGUGACCCCCCUCCGCUGGUCCUGUGGGUGAAGGAUGGGCGGAACGUGAAUCCAGGCUGGAGCCGCUACAAGGUUCUAAAACAGAGUCUGAAGAUCAAAGAAGUGGAACUGGAGGAUGCCGGAGUGUACAUCUGCCGCGUCACCAAUGGAUUUGGCAGCCUCGCCCUCAACUUCACACUCAUUGUAAUUGAUGAUGCAGCUGUGACUCAGAACCAGCCUCUGCCAGACGCUGCAGAACCUAAUGCGGAUCUUACCCUGCAAGACCCCACCGGAGAGCCAUGGGUGAAGCCACGCUUCACUCAGCCCACAAAGAUGCGCAGGCGUGUGCUAGAGCAGCCUGUUGGCAGCUCGGUGCGUCUCAAGUGUCUGGCCAGUGGCAAUCCAACACCGGUCAUUACAUGGUGGAAAGACCAGAGCCAGCUGCCCAACCCUCACCAGAUUAAACGCCCACAGUGGACACUCACUCUGAAGAACCUACAGCCUCAGGACAGUGCCAAAUACACCUGUCACGUCUCUAAUGCAGCUGGCCAUAUCAAUGCUACCUACAAAGUGGAUGUAAUUGAGCGUACCAACUCCAAACCCAUUCUGACAGGUACCCAUCCUGUCAACACGACUGUGGAGUUUGGUGGAACAGCCUCCUUCCAAUGUAAAGUCCACAGUGACGUGAAGCCAGUAAUACAGUGGCUCAAGCGAGUCGACCCAGGCACAGAAGGCCGUUAUAACUCCACGCUGGAGGUAGGAGGCCAACACUUUGUGGUGCUGCCCACCGGGGACGUGUGGUCCAGACCGGACGGUUCCUACCUCAACAAGCUGGCCAUCGUCAAGGCACGUGACGAGGAUGCUGGAAUGUACAUCUGUCUAGGAGCGAAUACCAUGGGCUACAGCUUUCGCAGCGCCUACCUCACCGUUCUCUCAGAUCCCAAGGUGGAUAAGGACGUCAUUCCCCGCCACAUCAGCCCCGGUCUUCCCUGGCCGCUGAUCAUUGGUAUCCCAGCUGCUGCCCUGCUCAUCGUAGGAACCAUCGUGCUCUGGUUGUGCCACACCCGCAGACGCCAGAGCGCUUUGCCUCCCCGACCGACGACCUAUCGAGAACACCACAUUCCAGACAAGGAGCCCAGCACGGCCAGCGGCAUCAACCCUGACCUGCCCAACCAGAGACUAAUGGGAAUGGGGCCCCCAGCUCUCAGCGGUCCGCCAAAGAUUUAUACCAAGGUCUACACAGACAUGCACACUCACACCCACACACACUCCCAUGCACACAUGGAAGGGAAGAUACACCAGCAUUUCCAUUACCAGUGUUAACAGGUUACCAUCAGGUAACCAAUGCUGCUGCCUCUGUUCUCACGAGCUAAGGGCCACCACUCGAGGACCACAACCGUACUGGAGCCCAUUUACCUUGAAAGGUCUCAGGUCAAGGAAAAUGUCUCACACUCAGUAGAGCUGCAGUGGACCUCAGUUUUCCUUUAGGUUCUUUGGAGUUCAAAAUCAACACUGAAUCCAAGCAAGUGCUAACAGUCCAAGAACAAUAAUUGGACCUUUUUGCUAUUCAAAAGCCAAGCAUUACACAAGGAAGUAGAGCGGAGAUAUUUUUUUUAUUUGGAGAAACUGUGAUGAUAUGUGUUAAGCAUACUAGUGGCCCUGUUUACAAUGUGUCACUAAAUUAGCAAAGAUGUGGUGUUUUUCUUUUUCUUGUUCGUUUUUGUUUUUCAACAUUAUAUUGUGAAGAAAUUAAUUAUGCAAUGAAAUGUCAGGGAAAAUUGAUGGAUGACUAAAUGGAAAGGGGGUAAGGGCUUCUGUUUACCAUUAAAAGGUACUUUGUAUGUAUUCAGCUCAACUUUCUAAUAAUUGCAGUAUUAUGUAACGUACACUCUCUCUGUCAAUUCAGUCUCACUGUUUGCUAAUUACAGUCGAGGAAGCUAUUUCAAACACAUUUUGUAUGAUUUCAACUUACAGAUGAGCUGUAAACACGGCAUUUCUAUUUGAUGAUAAUAUACAGUUGAAGUUAAAAGUAUGGAUACACCUUGCAGAAUCUGCAAAAUGUUAAUUAUUUGACCAAAAUAAGAGGGAUCAUAGAAAAUGCAUGUUAUUUUUUAUUUAGUACUGACCUGAACAAGAUAUUUCACAUAAAAGACGUUUACAAUAGAAAAUAAUAGUUGAAUUUAUAAAAAUGACCCUGUUCAAAAGUUUACAUACACUUGAUUCUUAAUACUGUGUUGUUACCUGAAUG